CCAAACUUCGAUCCUAUUACAUACUAAUAAUUAUUUUAUUUUAUAUACGAAUCCCCAAUAGUUUCUCCCACUUUCCAUCUCUUUGUCUUUCAAAAUCAUCAACAGGGGAAGCAAGCUAAAGCAGCCACCCCCCUUCCCCUUUUUCUCCAAUUAUUAUCUUUAUUCAUCCAUUAUUCUCUCUCUGUGUCUAUGCUUUUGUUCUUCUCAUAGUCUUCUUAGUGUUGCCUAAAUGGCGUCUUUGAGCUUCUUUUUCCCUUCUGGUUAAUGGAGUCCUUUGGUUAUUGGAUGAUUUGAGGUUAUAUCAGUUCUAAGUUGUAACAGAUACUAGUAGAAACUCAAAGCUUCAGUUUGAUUUCGGAGAUUUCCUCGAGUUUCGGAUUUGUUCUGAGUCCUGUAUUGGAACGAUGAUGAUGUUCGAGGAGAUGGGGAUUUGUGGGGAUAUGGAUUUCUUUGGUGCUUCUUUCGGGGAAAAGGAUGUGACGGCUGCUUCACAGGUCGAAAUGGAUGCACUAGUUGAUGACGAUUAUAGUGAUGAAGAGGUCGAUGUUGAUGAACUUGAGAGGAGGGUGUGGAGGGACAAAAUGCGAUUGAAACGGCUUAAAGAUCAGAGUAAGGGAAAGGACGGGGUUGAUACAGCCAAACAACGCCAGUCGCAAGAACAAGCAAGGAGGAAGAAGAUGUCUAGGGCGCAAGAUGGGAUAUUGAAGUACAUGUUGAAGAUGAUGGAAGUGUGUAAGGCUCAAGGUUUUGUUUAUGGGAUUAUUCCGGAAAAGGGAAAGCCGGUAACUGGGGCAUCAGACAACCUUCGAGAAUGGUGGAAGGAUAAAGUGAGGUUUGAUCGUAAUGGUCCUGCUGCUAUUGCGAAGUACCAGGCGGAUAAUUCGAUUCCUGGGAACAAUGAUGGGUGUAACUUGAUCGGUCCUACACCGCACACUUUACAAGAACUUCAAGAUACAACUCUUGGUUCUCUUUUAUCUGCACUGAUGCAACACUGCGAUCCACCUCAGAGGCGGUUUCCAUUAGAGAAAGGUGUUCCUCCGCCGUGGUGGCCUACGGGAACCGAGGAAUGGUGGCCGCAACUCGGGUUACCCAAAGAUCAAGGCCCUCCUUCUUAUAAGAAACCCCAUGAUUUGAAAAAGGCUUGGAAAGUCGGGGUUCUUACAGCCGUAAUCAAGCAUAUCUCACCUGAUAUUGCGAAGAUCCGAAAGCUCGUACGACAGUCUAAGUGCUUACAGGACAAGAUGACUGCAAAAGAAAGCGCAACUUGGCUCGCUAUCAUUAACCAGGAGGAAGCAUUGGCUCGAGAGCUUUAUCCCGAUUCUUGCCCACCUUUGUCCUCAAGUGGCGGAAGUGGAUCGUUGGUUAUAAAUGACUGCAAUGAGUACGAUAUAGAAGGGGUCGUAGAUGAGCCUAUCUUUGAUGUGCAAGAGUACAAACCUGGGAAUCUGAAUAGGGUCAUCCAACAACCAUCUUUUCCUGUUAAUUUGGAUUUCUUACGAAAGAGGAAACCGUCUGACGAUAUAAACAUCGAACACAAGAUCUACACUUGUGAGUUCCUCCAAUGUCCUUAUAGUGAACUCCAAUUGGGUUUUCAUGACCGGACUGCCAGGGACAAUCAUCAACUAACUUGUCCACAUAGAAACUCGUCUGCACAGUUUGGUGGUUCGAAUUUUAACAUAAACGACGUGAAACCGGUCAUUUUCCCUCCACCAUUUGCGCAACUGAAGCCGGCAGCUCCGUCUACUACUUCUGUCUCGACACCAUUCGAUCUAUCAGGACUCGGAGUUCCAGAAGAUGGACAGAAAAUGAUCAGUAACCUCAUGUCGAUAUACGACAACAAUGUUCAAGCCAACAAGAAUGCGAGUCCCAUUAAAAAUCCAGUUACGGAAGGUCAAAAUCUUCUUCAGCCGAAAACCCAACAGCAACAGGACGAGUUCUUCCGUGGUCAAGGCCUUUCCUUCUUCAAUGAGUCCAACAUACCCGCUAAUAACCAGAUUUUACCACAAGGGGAAGCUCAAUUCGACCAGUUGAAGACCUCGAAUUCUCCAUUCGAGACCACCUACAACAACAACAACAACGGUUUCAAACUGAUGUUCGGCUCUCCAUUCGAUUUGUCUUCAUUCGAUUACAAUGAUGAUCUCCAAGCUGAUGGAAUGGACGCCAUGCCAAAACAAGAUGUCUCAAUCUGGUUCUAGUAACAAUCUCAAGGCUGAAACUGAAACCGUACCCGACUCAACCCUACUGAGCCCCGUGUCGUGUGUUUCAUGGUUAUCGUAUUUUUUCAAGCUUGUCCGUGUAGUAAUAGAAGUUUUAACAAGUUUUAGCAGGUUUAUCAUAUAUGGGGAACUGAUUUUAUACAUAGAACGUGACUUUGUCUUAUAAAUAAGUUAGGUGUCUGGUUUUUUGUUCUUUCAUUCUCACUGUUUUUUUUUAUCAGUUUUCUACCAUUAUUAUUACAUGUUGGGGUAGGAAUCUGAUAAUGAGUGUUGUUUUGUCUUGUAAUGAAGUCAUGGGGGGGGGGGUACAUAUUUGUAUUGGAACUGUUGUUUUGUGUGUUUUUAAUGCAAAUCUUGUAGUUGUAGGACCA